ACUUAAAAUGGCGGAUGAUGACAAUUUCGAAAGCCCGCGUAAAUCAGUUAACUUGAUCGUGUCUUCUUCUUGUACUCGCUAUAUGGGAGAUCUUCCGCAGUUAAAAUAAUCGGUUGGAGGUCAAGGUGGUGACAUGGGGGACAAAUGUCAAUGGUGUUCUCUAGUGUGCGCAAUUUGCCGCAUAGGGUGCUUUCGAUGUUACCAAACAAUCUGCUGCAAGGAACCUUCAGCACCAAAGCCAUCGUACUCUGUGAUUGCAAUUGGACUUAGCCAGGCUGGCAAGUCAAUGCUGUUUGCAAAGCUGAGUGGAGACACAUCUGAAGAACUUAAACCGACUGUGGGAUUCUCUGUGAAAGCUGUCCAAUUACCCAGUGCCAUUCUAAAUAUUAAAGAACUUGGAGGUGGAGACAAUGUCAGAAAGUACUGGCCACACUAUUUUGGAGGAGCUGAGGGGAUAGUGUUUGUGGUGGACAGCAGUAGCAAUGAUGAUGAUGUUGAUUUAGCGGGAGCAGAAUUACAAGAUGCCCUGUCCCACUCCUCCUUGGAGUCCCUUCCUCUACUGGUCUUAGCCAACAAACAAGAUGUGACUGGAGCCCGCAGUGCAGAUGAGCUAUCGAGGAUGAUGGGAUUAGACGUCAUUUCACGGAAGAGGAAUUGGCACGUACAAGCGUGCUCUAAAGACGACACGGAAAGUGCUAAACAAGGACUGAGUAAACUACUGUCAUUCAUCAAUCCUGACUCGGAAACAUCAGAACAAAAUAGAUUAUGAGCUUAGACGAGUGUCUCUCGACCAACAAAAGAAAUAUUUGGAACCGGAACACAUCUUAAAUGAGAAUGAUUUCGUAUUUAAUUUGAUCGAAUUCUGUGUUUCGAUCUUCGGAAGUUGUUUGUAAAGAUAUUUGCGAUAUUAGUACUACUAUUAUUAAUUGUAUCAUUAUCAUUUUCGUCAUAAUCAUUAUCUCCACAUUUUAAAUCAAGAAACGAUAAAUGUAACCUUUAUUUAAACAGCUUAAUGUUGUUUUGGAUGAUAAAAUUGGCGCAAAAAAUUUCCUUUCGGAGAAAGAAGAAUUGUUUUAAGCCUAAAGUUGAACUUUUCUCUUCGUGGCUGCGAUAUUGCUUGAGGAUUCUACGAUGUUUCUAAUAUAUGUAUGCACCCAUUCAUACUCGCGAAUUGUGUGUGCACUUCACCCGUUCAGAUCGAUUUCCCGGGCUACUGCUAACAGCAGUUUCUUGCUUCUGACUCCUAAACCCGACUGUUUGAUUCAUUUUACAUCUGCAUUCGCGCAUUAGCAAUUAAACUCAAGUAGGUUUUUGUUUGGCAGAGGCCAUCUUUUACUAUUCUUUAAAUGUUUUUAGACAUUUUUGUCAUCUUCAUAAGUUGUAGCAUCCUCAGUAAAUUGCGGAAGUCGUUCGAACAUCUUCUGUAGUUUGCAGAUUUCGUGAAAACAUUUCCAUAAUCCCGACGGGGUUUACGGAAAUCUCACAUUAACAACAUUUAAGCUGGCAUUAGUGAAUAUGUUAGAAGCUAGAAACUUGUAAAAUGCGUUGGGAAUGAACAGCUAUGAGUUGAAAAAUGUCGAGACUUCUGUUUCAGAUUUUUUUCCUCGUACGGAAAGAAUAUCUGCAUCCAUGGAAUGUUACCUGUGUUUUAAAUUGUAGUUUCUUCGAACCGAUUUCAUCCCAAAACUCAUCUACAAUAGCAUAAGCUAAAAUGUACGUAUACGAAUUAAGUUAAUUUAUUCCUGUAAAAAUGUAUAAAAGUGGAGGGAAACAAGGAAAUGUCUUAAGCUCCAAUCUUUUGGAGAACUAAA